CAUUGUAACCUCAACGACACGCUUCGGCGGUCGACCAAGGCGCUUCCUUGUUCACCGCUAACGAUGCAGGCCCAAAUGGCGAUUGGCGUUGCGUCCACUUUCGGCAUUUUGCUUGUUUCCCUGGUCAUUUUCAUUUGGAAAAAGAACCAGAAAUUGGAGUAUAAAUACAUGAAACUGGUCCAGUCGUCUGGUGGCAAAUGUGAGUUGCCCGAAGCUGAGACGUGUGCCCUUGGCGAAGGUGAAGAAGAAGAAAAUGCGGCAUGCAUUGAUCGAGUAAGGUUCGUCUCUGACAAAUCAGCCAAAAGGACCAACUGGCUGUCGAACGGGGACAGAGCAACGACGGCUGAUGGAUUUGAAAACCAGCUGCUGCGAAAAGGCUCUGACGACAACGAUGAGGCGUGA